UCCAACCUAACCUUCACUUUAUUUUUCUGAGCUAUAAACCAUUCAUUUUCCUUCUGCAACUAAACUCCAUCUACACCUACCUACUAUACCUAGCUAGUUUGCUAUAAUUAAUAUAUGGCUUCUCAUACUACAACGGCAUGCAUUGCCGCCUUAUCAUGUUUGCUUCUUCUUCUCUCUUCCUCACAAUGCGAAGGGCAGCUGUCCCCUACAUUUUAUGACAAGACAUGCCCUAAUGCUCUCAACAUCAUUCGCACUGCCGUAAGGCAAGCAGUGUCUCGGGAGCGCCGCAUGGCUGCUUCCUUGGUUCGUCUCCAUUUCCACGACUGCUUUGUCCAGGGUUGCGACGCUUCCAUCUUGCUGGACGAGUCACCAACCAUCGAGAGCGAAAAGACGGCAUUGCCCAACCUUGGCUCUGCCAGGGGUUACGACGUGAUAGAGGCUGCAAAGCGUGAGCUGGAGAAAUAUUGUCCCGAUAUUGUGUCUUGUGCUGAUGUAUUGUCGGUGGCUGCACGUGAUGCGUCUGGUGCUGUGGGAGGUCCAUCAUGGAUAGUGAAGUUGGGAAGAAGAGAUUCCACCACGGCUAGCCAUACCCUAGCUGAAACCGAUCUUCCUGGCCCUUUCGACAAUCUGGAUAAACUCAUAUCCAGCUUCGCUAGCAAAGGCCUUAAUACAAGAGACAUGGUUGCCUUGUCGGGUGCACAUACUCUCGGACAAGCUCAAUGUUUUCUAUUUCGCGAUAGAAUUUAUGGCAAUGGUACUGACAUUGAUGCCGGUUUUGCUAGCACUAGAAGACGCCAAUGUCCAAAAGACACUGGAAAUGGAAAUUUGGCAGCACUUGAUUUAGUGACCCCAAACUCCUUCGAUAACAACUACUACAAGAACCUAUUGCAAAAGAAAGGUUUGCUUCAAUCGGAUCAAGUUCUUUUCAGCGGUGGAGCAACAGACAACAUUGUUUCAGAGUACGCUAGCAGCCCACGGGCAUUUCAGGCAGAUUUUGCAUCAGCAAUGAUCAAAAUGUCUGAAAUUCAACCUCUCACAGGUCAAAAUGGAAUCAUUAGGAAGGUGUGUGGUGCAUUGAACUAGCUUCGGCGUGCUACAUACUUUCUCUUCCUCACUGUUAUUUUUCUAGAGUAUUUAAUUAAUAAUUUAGUUUUCCACUCUCAUCAAUUUCAUUGUAUUUUUUUCUUCAUAACCAUUGAUUUGUUAUUUAGAAAAAUGUAAUAAUAUGAUUUGUUGUAUUCUAUUAGACCCUACAAAGUGUGAUUAUAAUAAACUUUUCAUUAUAUA